GGCUUUCUUAAUAUGCAUGUAACCCACUGGAACACUACAUGAUUCGGCUUUAAGUGAUGUUUACACAGAAUUUAAAACUAUCACUGAAUCUAAUUUGAAGAUACACAACGGGGGACCGUAGCAGACUGAGAUUCCACACUCUUCUGGAGGAACUAAUUGGCCUUAUUACCAGCUGAAAGUUGAAGUACAAACUGAUUUUUCACGACUGACUGGAGGAAACAAACUGGUGAAAUAUGAUGAACGCUCUGGGUCUUGGUCUGCUUUGUUUGCUGCUCUGGCCUGAGCCUGCAGAUGCUCAGUUUCCACGAGUGUGCUGCACAGUGGAGGGGAUUGUGUCCAAGCUGUGCUGCCCUGCUCUGGGCUCAGAUCCUGCCAAUGUGUGCGGCUCUCUGUCGGGGAGAGGAAGCUGCGCGGCUAUUAGAGUGGACAACAAACCCUGGGGAGGUCCGUACAGACUAAGAAAUGUUGAUGACAGAGAGAGGUGGCCCACCAAAUUCUUCAAUCAGACUUGCAGAUGCACUGGUACCUUUGCAGGUUAUGACUGUGGUCAGUGCAAAUUUGGCUGGACCGGACCAAACUGUGACCAAAGGAAAGCUACUGUUGUGAGGAAGAACAUCCACUCCCUGACCCCCGAGGAGCUCCAGGAGUUCCUCAAUGUCCUGGAGCUGUCUAAGGCCACCACCCAACCAGACUACGUCAUUGCCACCCAGCACUGGUUGGGACUCCUGGGACCAAAUGGAACUGAGCCCCAGUUUACUAACAUCUCCAUCUACGACUUCUUUGUCUGGCAGCAUUACUACUCUGUCCGGGACACGCUUAUUGGUCCAGGUCGUCCAUUCAAAGCCAUUGAUUUCUCACACAAAGGACCAGCUUUCAUCACAUGGCACAGAUAUCACCUCCUCAGCUUGGAACGAGAGUUACAGAGAUUAACCGGCAAUGAGAACUUUGCGAUCCCGUACUGGAACUUUGCCACAGGCCAAAGUGAGUGUGACGUGUGCACCGACUCUCUGCUGGGGGGCCGAAACCCAGAAAACCCGUCUCUCAUCAGCAACCAGUCCAGGUUCUCCAGAUGGGGCGUGGUGUGUAACAAUUUGGAUGAGUACAAUCAGCUCGUGACUCUGUGUAAUGGCACCGGUGAGGGUUUCAUUCAGAGAGGGAUAAUGGAGAGGGCAAACACGUCUCUGCCCACCAUGACCGACGUCAGAAGCUGUCUGGGAAUCAGAGACUUCGACAGCCCUCCAUACUUCACCAACUCAUCCUUCAGUUUUAGAAAUGCUCUGGAAGGGUACGAGAAACCAAAUGGUGAAAUGGAUGAUUCGGUCAAUAACCUUCACAACCUGGUCCACUCCAUGCUGAAUGGAACGAGCGCUUUGUCUCAUUCUGCAGCAAACGACCCCAUAUUUCUGGUGCUCCACGCUUUCACUGAUGCCAUUUUUGAUGAGUGGAUGAGAAGGUUUGUUCCAUCCAACACCACUUACCCCGAUGAGAUGGCCCCCAUUGGUCACAACAGGGACUUCAACAUGGUUCCUUUCUUUCCUCCCAUCACCAACGAGGAGAUUUAUAUUGCAUCUGAGGAGCUGGGAUAUUCUUAUGCUCUUGCCCUUGAUGAUGAAGGGGGGCCGGCUGUGUUUGUGCUGGGCUCCACUCUGGGGGGAGUCUUCAUCGGUCUCCUGGCGCUUCUUCUUAUCUUCGUGCUCUACCUGCGUCAACGAAGAAACAGAGGCUUUGAACCUCUGAUAAAAGCAGACUUCACAAAUAGAAAGUACACAGAGGAGGAAGCCUAGACCUCCAUUGUUCUGAAAAACACUUCAAUGCUUUUACAUACCUGAAAGAAAUGGAGCAGCCAAUGUAUUGUAUGCCCUACUCUGAUGCAAAAGGACAAUAUUAACCCUAAAUAUUAACUUACAUUUUACUUUGAAAUAUUAAAUCAAAUCUUAAAUCAGAACAAUUAUUUAAUGAUUACAUCUGAAAAAGAAAGAAAUUCCAAUCAAAAUGAAUGUUUGCUUAACUGUUUUGGUAGCAUAGUGAGCUUCUAAAAGCAAAAGCUAAUUUACAUUUAUAUUUUAAAAUGUCUUUUUAACAGCCACUACAAAUACAAAUAUAUUGGAAUGUUUUUAAUAAAUAUUUAUUCUCAAGAACAGUAACAAAACACAAAUGCAAUCAUUUUAAUUGCACUGGAAAACAAUAAGGCAUAUUGUUUUAACUAGUUAUUCACCCCUUUUAGUUUGAAAUAAGAUUCAAACUCCAAUCAAACGUCCCUUCAUUAGUAUUUAACUUCAUACAGAAUUGCAUUGAUUGUAAAAAAAGGUUGACUUAAAGUGUUUCCUGCUAAUUUUAUUUGUCAGAUAAUUUCUCUGACCAGACAAUUGAUUUUUAAAGUUUUAUUUCAAAAAUAUUACCAUUAAAAGUUCAAUGAUACAAAACAUAAAAAGGGCAUCCUGUAAGACCAUAAUAAAGAAUCCUUUUAAAUGAAAAAUUGUUUCUAUGUUUGUUCUUGCAAUGUGGAUAAAACUGCAAUAAAGAAAAAGCUUAACUAAUAAUCACUGAUAUACUGCGAACACUGGUUAAUUCCUGGGAUAUGUAAGCUGAGCUGGCCUGGUGGUUAUGGAGCUGGCUCUCAGAGAACAAACAGGCUGGUUUUGUCCUCCCCCUCAGCACUGCCAGGCCUCUCACAUUCUCUGUAAGUUCGCUCUGCUGAGGAGCUGCACCGGAGCGUUCAGGCCUGUCCGGUCUGCACAGAUUCUCAUUUCACAGGUGACUGUGGUCGGCUUCCAGCCUGUCUGUGCUGCAGACACAACCAGUCGAGCUUUACAGAUGUAUUUAGGGGCCCUUUCUUUGCAUUUCCAGUAACCACUGUGUGCUGUUUGCUACUUCUUAAUAAUUGUCUGGCCUUUUAAAGAACUGUGCUAAUAUAUAUGCAGAAAUAGCAACACUUGUUUUUACUACUGUUUUACAGUAUGUCAGUUUUGCAGAGCUAAAAACACAAUGCAUAUUUUAAUCCAAACUGUGAAAUCAAUUACAGGAUACGCUUUGGCUAUUAUCACAUAUGCAACAGUUUCAGCCUUCUUUUUGUUACUGUAUAUUCAUAUUAAACAUUUCUUGAAGUUUAAAAA